CUAAAUACCCUCUCUCUAAUCCCUCGCCUUUUCCACAUCUCCGAAUCCCCUUCCCCUCUGCCGCUGCCCCUCAAAAUUUAUCCUCAGCUUCCUUUGCCCUCCAAUUUUUCAGUGUUUUUGAGCGCCAGAUACAUUGAAAGGUGAGGAAGGCUUUGAAGAGUAAGAGCUGUGCUAGCUUAGUGGUAUAGCAAGUGGUGAAUCAGGAUCUUGUGAUUGGACAAUGAGAUAUGCCGACAGUUCAGGACUUGCACUGUGGUGUUGGGCGUGGUCAUAACUUGGCGACUGAACAGAGUUGUCCCUUAGGAACGCUGGCGGAGAACCAUGACCAUGAUCUUGAUCUGAGGGCAGUAGAUGAUGGUGAUGUAGGUAUGGGACAGGAGGAUAUUGGUCAUAGUUAUUUUUUGGCUCCGGUGAUCGACCAAGAAAUGUCUCUUCCACACGGUCAAGAUGGAGAAUAUGAUCACGAGUAUGGUGAAGGUAGCGAGUAUGAGAAUAAGUAUGAUCCGCUGGAUCAGAAAGUGUUAAAUGAUGAAAGUAUAGAGACGAGACUUAGUCAGGAAGAGAGUGGUGCCGACAACCAUGAUAGACGACUGACUGUUGCAUCAAGUGUCAAUGAAUUGCAUUUCUCUGAGGAUAAUGAAUUGGGUGUGUUGGAGAACUGCGAGGUUGAUGAAAACUUUGAGGUUAUGCAUCAAAACACUGAAUUGGUUGUCGUCUCUUCUCCUCUUCGUUCCAUUGUGCAGUCUCAAGUUCUGACCACUUCUCCUAUUGUUCAAUCACGAACUGUGGCUCCUUUACCUACACAUGAAUUUAUUGUGGGGCAAGAGUUUCCUGAUGUGAAGAGUUGCCGCAGGGCAUUGAGGGACAUGGCAAUUGCCCUCCAUUUUGAGAUUCAAACUGUCAAGUCCGACAAGAGUCGUUUCACUGCCAAAUGUGCUAGUGAGGGAUGCCCAUGGCGAGUCCAUGCUGCUAAGCUCCCUGGUGUUCCUACCUUCACCAUUAGAACAAUCUAUUCUGAGCAUAAUUGUGGUGGAAUAGCUCAUCUUGGUCAUCAGCAAGCGUCCGUUGAAUGGGUUGCUAAUUCUGUGGAAGAACGACUUAGGGAGAACCCACAUUACAAGCCAAAAGAAAUAUUGGAGGACAUUCAUCGUGCUCAUGGUAUAACUUUGUCAUACAAGCAAGCAUGGAGAGGGAAGGAGAGGUUCAUGGCUUCUCUUCGUGGUUCGUUUGAAGAUGAUUAUCGCCUUUUGCCACAAUACUGCAACCAGAUAAGACGGACCAAUCCAGGGAGUAUGGCAUCAGUUUGUGUCAACCCAAUAGAUAAUAGUUUCCAGCGCCUAUUUAUUUCGUAUCAAGCAUCGAUAUAUGGAUUUCUUAAUGCUUGUCGGCCGCUUAUUGGUCUUGAUAGGACUGUUCUAAAGAACAAAUACCUUGGAACCCUUCUUUUUGCUACAAGUUUUGAUGGAGAUGGGGGACUCUUCCCCUUAGCAUUCGGUGUUGUUGAUGAAGAGAACGAUGAAUCGUGGCUGUGGUUCCUCUCGGAGCUGCACAAACUUCUCGACACCAACACCGAGAACAUGCCUCGGCUUACAAUCUUGUCUGAUCGGCAGAAGUGCAUUGUGGAUGCUGUGGAAUUGAACUUCCCAACUGCUUUCCACGGCUUCUGCAUGCUUCAUCUCAGUGAGAGCUUUCGGAAGGAGUUCAACGACAGCCUUCUUAGUGAACUUCUCUGGGAAGCUGCAAACGCUCUCACAGUCAUGGAAUUUGACUCCAAAAUCCUCGAGAUGGAAGAGAUAUCCCAAGAUGCUGCAUUUUGGGUGCGAAAAGUUCCACCUCACUUAUGGGCCAAUUCAUAUUUCGAAGGAUCACGUUUAGGCAACCUGACAGCCAACAUCAUCGAAUCACUGAAUUCUUGGAUUCUUGAAGCUUCGGGUCUGCCAAUAGUUCAGAUGAUGGAGUGCAUCCGCAGGCAGCUAAUGACAUGGUUCAAUGAGCGUCGUGAAGCCAGCAUGCAGUGGUCAUCAACACUAGUUCCUUGUGCUGAAAGGCAGGUCUCUGAUGCUCUUGAUUGUGCACGGAAUUAUCAAGUUCUCCGUUCAAAUGAGGCUCAGUUCGAGGUCAUAUCCCAUCAAGGAACCACUAUUGUGGAUGUACGCAGCAGAUGCUGCUCCUGUCGAGGGUGGGAGGUCUAUGGCCUUCCGUGCUCUCAUGCCGUUGCAGCCCUCCUUUCGUGCAGGCAGAACGUGCACCGGUUCAGUGAGAGCUGUUUCACGGUGGCUAGUUUCCGCAAGGCAUACUCUCAGACGAUACACCCGAUUCCCGAUAGAACACUUUGGCAUGAAAUGUCCGGAGAUCAGCAGGGUGAAGUUUCCGGUGAGGAUGUGGUUGUGAACCCUCCCAAGUCACUACGGCCGCCUGCGCAGUCUAGGAAGAGACGAGCGCCCACUGGAGAGCGCUCUCAGUCGAAGCGCGUCGUGCAUUGUAGCCGUUGUUACCAGACCGGCCAUUUUAGAACCACCUGUGCAGCGCCUAUAUAGAAUUUAUGUCAUUUUCCCCUUUACUCUCUUCUGUCUCUGCAAGGAAUUAUUUCUGAGGCAUGUCUGUGUCUUUUUUUCUUAGAUGGGAUUAGGCUUGCUAAUUAGUUGCAAAUGAAUUUGAUUAAGUAGAUUUAGUGGUUUGCCAAUGCUUAGGUAUUAAAGAUAUUGUCUUGUAAUUGCAUGACAGAAUUGUUUUAUACCCGUUAUUAUUUUGUCA